AUGACCGUCAUGUUGUUCAAGGCAUGUUAUAUUAUCCUUGGCGGCCUGCCACUGGUGCGCGCAGACUGGUGGGAUGACUUUUCAAACAACCUGGCGACAGAUCUUGCGCCUUUACUCUCCCUGUUUGGCGAAAAAGUCACGAUGCAAUAUCUUAGUGAGAGCAUCACGUUUCUCGACUACUUAAUUUUUGCAAUGGCGCCCAUGGGCAUCCUGACGGCGCUUGUUUCAGCCAUUCGCGUAUGCGGGAGCCCGUCGCUGCGUGCCUUUAUCGGCAGAGCACAGGAAGGCGCGGGAAAUGCCGAGGCGGAGCUGUGUUCGUCCACGAGUCGCAAUGUGUGCGAACUAUACAACAACGGCGGCAUCGCGCGUGUCUUUGGUCGGCCCAAGAUCCUGGAGGUCAUACACGACCCGUCGGAUCCCAACUUUUCCCAGACGGCAGGAAUAUACACAUUCAUGGACUACCUCAAGACCAACAAUGGAAAAUCCUUUUGGAAAGAACAAGGUGCCCGCACCGAUAUGGAGUCUCAAAGCGAGGACAAUGACAGCGGCCCAUUUGCCCCGAACCUCUCGCUCAAUGUUGGGAUCAAGCGAAAGUCCGAUGCCGUCUUCCUGGGAGUCGCCAUUCUUGGUGCUGUCUUGCAGAUCGGCGUUCUGAUUUAUGCUGGCAUCAUAACCUACUACUUACAGUGGGAGUCUGAGAACAGUGGCUCUGUCGAAUAUGCCUGUCCUCUGACAAUCAUUGGAACUCUCUUGGUCUGCAGUGGAGUCUUUUACUGCGCAUUUCUCGUGGGUGAGAGUACAACCGAGCAGGUUUAUCGCAGAUCAUCGAACGACGGUUCUAGACGACAGGGAGACACCAAGCAGUCAGUGCCGUCUUUAUACUGGCUACAACCUGGCGGACAAGUCCUCGGUGACCAAACCUUUGAUGCAUUUUGCUACAGUGACCGCGAACAACCCUUGCCAAAGUAUCUCAUCUCAUGGAAGCGUCGUUCAGAAGCAAAGAAGCCCGAGAUAUGGGCCGCUGUUAGUAUGACUACCAUUGGGUUUGUGAUGCAAUUCAUUGGUCUUCGAGGCAUUCAUGCUACUGCAGCAGUCGCACAACUUGGCGCCAUAAUUGUCAUGAGUGCUGCUCGGGCUUCAUUGCGCAUGCAACGACUGAAGCCUCGGGAUAACUUUCUUGUCGACUGCCCGGACGAGGUUGUCGGGUACGAACUGGACUGGCUUGCCUUGCGUAUUGGUCGUAACGACAUAGAAGAUGAGUCAAGCGAGAUGCAGCAGAGGGCUGCGCACAGUCCUGCGGACGACAGGCGAGAGUUCUGGAAGUUCUGCGGCACGUCGAAGCAUAUCGCCAGUGAUACGCGACCUUCUCAGGAACUCAAUGCCGCUGCCAAGCUUUUGGCUUAUCGAACACGUCUGGCAGAGCUUACAGACUCCCCAGCUACAAGCCCGGACCAAGCCAGUUCAUCGAGGCAGUUUAGAGAUGAGAUGGUCAAGAUUAAAUAUGUGGCCAAACAGCUAACUCAAGCUCUCGAGGAUGUUGUCAGUAUGAUCUACUUAGGCGCUUUCGGCGUCAACCUGGCCGAUGCCGACAUCCUUUGGUGGGAAGUCAAUUGCUCAGUAGCCACUCGAUUCGAGUCAAGCAGCCACCAGACUGAUUCCGCGUCUUCUGAGAUAUCUCCGUUACAUGUUGGACUACAUCAUUUCGGGGAAGACCGGUUGGUGUUCCAAAAGCCGCUCGAGGUAGAGGCGAUAUUGGGACUCUGGCUAUGGUCUCUUGUAUCCGAUUUUUCAACGGAAACGCGCGACAAAUAUGAUCAUGUGAGAAUAUCGAGAGCUUUCGAGGUUCCUACUCGGCGUAUCAUUUCGACAAGAGAGGAAUUCCAAGAUUUGGAAUUAUGGACCGGCACUGCGUUCCAUACGCACGAUGAAACAUUUGCUUAUAAAGAUGUCGAGUUUGCGAGGCCGUCCGAUAUCUUUAUCCUCAAACAGAAUGUUUCAAGCACAUAUGAGCCUCUUUCCAGCAACCUUCCACGAGACCUAGGCGCGGAAGACAAUCCACGAGUCGCCAGAUACUUUGGCUGGCACAACAUAGAAGCAUCGCAGACACAAAAUGUGGAUUUCAGCUAUGAUGGUUUAAAAAUUGAGAUGGGGAACAAAAACCAAACCAAACCAACCCCACCUAAGACAGACAGCCGUAAGGCUGUGGCCUUUAUGUGGUUUUUGAUCAAAUAG